GGUCUGGUCUAGUCGCUGCUGCUUCUGCUGCUGUUGUUGUCGUCAGGGUGGGAGGCCUUGGCGCCCUUGAGGCCCCGGGGCUGCCAUUAUGCACGACGCCUUCGAGCCGGUGCCCAUCUUGGAGAAGCUGCCCCUCCAGAUCGACUGCCUGGCCGCCUGGGAGGAAUGGCUCCUCGUUGGGACCAAACAAGGACACCUUCUACUUUACCGAAUUCGAAAAGAAACUGGAGAGGUUACGGCAUCAGAAAAUGGAUGUUGCAAUCGGUUUGAAGUGACAUUGGAGAAAUCAAACAAGAACUUCUCCAAGAAGAUUCAGCAGAUCCAUGUUGUAUCCCAGUUCAAAAUUUUGGUCAGUUUAUUAGAAAACAACAUUUAUGUUCAUGACCUGUUGACAUUUCAACAAAUCACAACAGUUCCCAAGGCAAAAGGUGCAACUCUCUUCACCUGUGAUCUAAAGCACUCUGAUACAGGGGAAGAGGUGCUGAGGAUGUGUGUGGCAGUAAGAAAGAAGCUACAGUUGUAUUACUGGAAGGACAGAGACUUCUACGAGCUGCAGGGGGACUUCAGUGUACCGGAUGUACCCAAAUCUAUGGCAUGGUGUGAAGAUUCAAUUUGUGUCGGUUUCAAGAGGGACUAUUACCUGAUAAGAGUAGAUGGGAGAGGAUCCAUCAAAGAACUCUUCCCCACUGGAAAGCAGCUUGAACCACUGGUAGCUCCUUUGGCAGAUGGAAAAGUUGCUGUAGGCCAAGAUGAUCUAACUGUUGUGCUAAAUGAAGAAGGGAUCUGUACACAGAAAUGUGCCUUGAACUGGACUGACAUCCCAAUAGCCAUGGAUUUUCAGCCUCCAUAUAUUGUAGCAGUGCUGCCAAGAUACGUAGAGAUUCGUACAUUUGAGCCCCGUCUCCUAGUGCAGAGCAUUGAGCUACAGAGGCCACGCUUCAUUACUUCAGGAGGUGCAAAUAUUGUGUAUGUGGCCAGCAAUCAUUUUGUUUGGCGUCUCAUUCCGGUUUCUAUUGCAACCCAGAUCCAACAGCUUCUCCAGGAUAAACAAUUUGAAUUGGCUCUGCAGUUGGCAGAUAUGAAAGAUGAUUCUGACAGUGAAAAGAAACAACAGAUCCAUCAUAUUAAGAAUCUCUAUGCCUUCAAUCUUUUCUGCCAAAAACGGUUUGAUGAAUCCAUGCAGGUUUUUGCCAAGCUUGGGACAGAUCCUACUCAUGUGAUGGGUCUCUAUCCUGAACUGUUGCCCAGUGAUUACAAGAAACAGCUCCAGUAUCCCAAUCCAGUACCAGUUCUCUCUCCUGCAGAGCUGGAGAAAGCACACCUGGCACUUAUAGAUUAUCUAACACAAAAAAGAAGUCAGUUAGUGAAGAAACUGAAUGACUCAGACCAUCAGUCCAGUACCUCUCCUCUCAUGGAAGGAACUCCCACCAUCAAAUCCAAGAAGAAGUUGCUGCAGAUCAUAGAUACUACCCUCUUGAAAUGCUACCUCCAUACCAAUGUAGCACUAGUGGCACCACUGUUACGAUUGGAAAACAAUCACUGCCACAUUGAAGAAAGUGAGCAUGUGUUGAAGAAAGCUCACAAAUACAGUGAGCUGAUCAUACUAUAUGAGAAGAAAGGUCUACAUGAAAAAGCAUUGCAGGUGCUAGUGGAUCAGUCAAAAAAAGCUAACUCGCCUUUGAAGGGCCACGAGAGGACUGUGCAAUAUUUACAACAUUUGGGCACCGAAAACCUGAAUUUAAUAUUUUCAUAUUCUGUGUGGGUGCUCAGAGACUUUCCUGAGGAUGGAUUAAAGAUCUUUACAGAAGAUCUUCCUGAGGUGGAAUCCCUCCCACGGAAAAGGGUUCUCAAUUUCUUAAUAGAGAACUUUAAAAGCUUGGCAAUUCCCUAUUUGGAACAUAUAAUCCACAUCUGGGAGGAGGCUGGUUCAGAGUUCCACAACUGCCUGAUUCAGCUCUACUGUGAGAAAGUCCAAGGUUUAAUGAAGGAAUAUCUCAGCUCUUUUCCUCUAGAUAAAACACCGAUGCCAGCUGGAGAGGAAGAGGGAGAACUGGGAGAGUACCGGCAAAAACUUCUUUUCUUUCUUGAGACAUCCACUUGCUAUAAUGCUGACCAGCUCAUCAGUGACUUUCCCUUUGAUGGUCUCUUAGAAGAACGUGCUCUGCUGUUGGGACGGAUGGGGAAUCAUGAACAAGCACUUUUUAUAUAUGUUCACAUCUUGAAGGACACCAAAAUGGCUGAAAAUUAUUGUCACAAACACUAUGACAGAAGCAAAGAUGGCAACAAAGAUGUAUAUUUGUCUCUGCUCCGGAUGUAUCUCUCACCACCUAGUGUUCAUUGCUUGGGACCAAUCAAGAUGGAACUACUAGAGCCUCAAGCCAAUCUCCAGGCUGCCUUGCAAGUUUUGGAACUUCACCAUAGCAAGUUGGACACUACCAAAGCAAUAAACCUUCUUCCAGCAAAUACUCAAAUAAGUGAAAUCAGAAUUUUCUUAGAAAAAGUCCUUGAAGAAAAUGCCCAGAAGAAGCGAUUCAAUCAAGUACUUAAAAACCUUCUCCAUGCUGAAUUCUUGAGAGUACAAGAGGAACGAAUUUUACACCAGCAAGUGAAAUGUAUAAUCACAGAGGAAAAGCUUUGCAGUGUAUGUAAAAAGAAGAUUGGAAAUAGUGCCUUUGCCCGCUAUCCCAAUGCAAUAGUUGUGCAUUAUUUUUGUUCCAAAGAAGUUGGCGCAGCAGACACCUGAAAGCAUUGCUACACCCAACAGACUAUACUAGCUAUGAUGUUCAUGAGAAGCUGACAGAAGAUUAGACAAGGAGCUGACAUCUCUAAAAAAAUCUUCUUGGUCAUGCUGCUUAUAAACAACUCAAGUCCAUUGCUUUACCAGAUGACUCCACUUGUACUCUGCCGGUCUUGGCUUCGCAGGAAUACGGACAAUUAAGUAUUUUUAUAAACUUAAUAGGAGCUACACCUCAUAGCAUUUGAGCAUGAGGAAGAAUGAAUAUUACAUAGCAGUGAAUUGCUGUGGUACUCUGGAUUUUGCAAACGUUCUUGCUCCAAGGAAGACCAGGUAAUUAAAAAAAAGUUUGCAAAGGAAAAAAAUAUUUUGUGUGGGGUUGUACAUUCCAAUCACAGAUUGAAGAAUUCCUUAUGUCAUAGUUUAAGCAGCAUUGCAUUGCAUCGACUUUAACUAACCAUUUGGAAACCAUUUGUAGGCAAGGCAAGUGACUCCACAAAGUCUGUACCUAGAUUUUUCCUUCUAGUAUUGGUAAUAAGAAGAUAUUGGGGAGAACAUAUUAGUGGUUUAUCACCACUGGUAUAAAAAAGUUCCAAGGGAACCACUCUCGUACAAUAUGGACAGAACUGGCAAAUAUGUAUUUUUUUGUUUUUGAGAAGCUUGUAAAUAUAAAUAGGCAUACUAUUUGCACUGUGUACAGUCACUCCCAUUUUGAAUAGAAUGAACAGUGGCAGUGGUUUUCUGAAGCGUGGAGGAAAUAGCACCUGCACUUGUACCAAAAAGUUAAAAUCACCUUUGAAGCUGAAGAAGCAAAAGAAUCUAACUCAGACAGAGGGUGUUUUUUCUGUAUUGUUUAAACAUCUGUUUUAUACUUUGGAGAUAACCUUGCACUCAAAAUCUUAAAUCUUUAUGUAUUCUUCAGGUUGGAGGAAAGCAGACCCUUUUUUCAAAUGUUAGUAUUUUCAGUUUCUUAGCCCCACUCAUAGCAAUGCUCUUCUACAGCUACGUUUACCAAGAUCACUUUUUAAAACUGGAAAAUACUUGGUUGUAGUACGUACCUCCCCCCUUGCAAACUAUCACAUUUCUGUUUAACCUGUUGUUCCUUAAAUCUAAUCUGUUGUGAUGGUGAUAAUUUUUAUGUUCUCACAAAAACAGAAACAAGCAACAGUAAGAGAGGAAAGUCACAUGCUGGGGGCAGUUGAGUCAGGGUUGCUAAAUUGAAAACUGAGUCCAAUUGCUUGUUAAAAUAAUUGUUCUUAAUAAUUACAAUAAUAUAGUGGUUUGAAGCAUAUAAUCCAUUUACAGUGUCUGUCUAAAAGUCACCAUUGUUCUCAGACAGUUGGGUUGAGGAGUUAACAAUUUUAAAAAGGCCUCUCUCCUGUUUGGAUUGUAGUCAUAGUAUAUGUUUGCUAUGAUCUCAGUGACUUGUUAAAGCACAAGGAUAAAUUUUAAUCUGCAGAUCAGUUCUUUUGUCAAAUCUUUCUUCCUGGUCACCUUAACUACACUUCCAGUCUACUCUUGAAGUCACAUCUGUUAUGUGCAGUAUACACCAAUUGUGUCUUACUGUUAGAUUUCAAAUUUGUUCUUGUGCUGAGAUAAAAAUGUUUUUGGUGCUUUGUAUUUCUUUUGUUCGAAGAAGAGAACUACUAUGCCAUGAAAUUUUUUUGUGCAUUUGUUGGAGAACCUUGGUUUCUAGUCAGGAGCACAUACUGUGGUUGAAUAUUGGGUGAGAUAAUUCAUAUGUAGUAGACAGCAAAAAGAAAGCUGAUCUAUACAAAGUAUGAUCUGUGUAGACGAUUCUGACACAGCAUAUCAUAGUCUGCUGUCAAUAAAACAACAUAUUGUUCUGGGGAUUCUCGGAUGUAUUUUUCUCCAUCACAACAAAACUUUUGUGUGUUUCAUAAUAUAUCUUUAGCAGAUUUGUGGCUUGUGCUGUAAUGGUCUGCUGGCAAUCUUGCACAGAAUCUGAAACUUACUAACUGUACAGUAGGAUAUUUAAAGCAAUAAAUUAUUAUAAAGAUUUGA